AUGGAGGAGCCUGGGGAGUGGGAAACGGUUGGGAGGCGGGAAGCAAAAAGCGGAAGCGGGAGUGGGCUGUUUGAGGCUAGAAACUGGGGUAAUAGCAGAGGCUGGGAGUCGGAGCAGUUUUCCCUGAGAGAAGAAGUGAUAGUGCGAAGACGGUUUUCCAAGGAAUGCUGGUUUGGAAGUCAUCAAACAUCGGUCAUUCCUCCCACUGCCCUCAGCGACCCUAAAGGAGAUGGUCAAUUAGUAGUAUCUUCAGACUUCUGGAGUCUCGAUUGGUCAUCAGCCUGUUCAUGUCCCCUUCUCAUCUUCAUCAACUCUAAAAGUGGCGAUCACCAAGGGAUCGUCUUUCUCCGAAAAUUUAAGCAAUACCUUAACCCAUUCCAAGUCUUUGACUUAUCCAAGGGUGGACCUGAAUCAGGGCUGUGCAUGUUCAAGAACUUUGCUUGCUUUCGCAUUGUGGUUUGUGGUGGACAUGGCAGUGUGAGCUGGGCCUUAUCUCUGAUUGAUGUCUUUGGAUUACAUGAAAGGUGUCAGCUGGCAAUCAUCCCACUUGGAACCGGCAAUGAUCUGGCCCAUGACCUAAGCUGGGGUGCAUCCUGGAACAAAAACAAGUCACCUAUGAACAUCCUGAACAGAGUGGAGCAGGCUAGUGUGCAGAUUCUAGACAGAUGGAGUGUGAUGAUCCAUGAGACUCCCAGACAAACCCCAUUGCUAAGAGGACAGGUUGAAAUGGAUGUACCCCGAUUUGAGGCUACUGCCAUCCAACACUUAGAAUCUGCAACCGAUGAGUUGAACAAAAUCCUGAAGGCCAAGUACCCCACAGAGAUGAGCAUUGCAACCAGAUUCCUGUGCUCAACAGUAGAAGAUUUUGCGGUUGAUAUUGUAAAGGCCUGGAGUUGGAUAAAAGAGAACAAUACAACAAUAGAGUCUGUGAUUUUAAAAAGUAACUUAAUGUAUGACAAGCUCAGUGUCCUGGCUGAGGAGGCAACAGUUGAGAAGAGUGCUACAUUACAUGCAGACAAUGGCAAAGCAGAUGGAAAGCUCUUUGUCCCUCAAAUAGACCACAUAGAUGUGCAGUUGGAGCUGGUCACAAAGGCCCAGAAUCUCCAGAAGUCCUUGAAACUCAUCAUAUUCCAAGUUGAACAAGUCCUGGAUGAGCAAAACCAAAAGACAAUAUUGGUCAAGAACUUUACUUCAACUUUCUUCCUGGAAGAUGACUCAGAAGCUAUUGACCAGAUGAGCCCAAGACACUGUUCUCGUAGUGGCAUUUUGUCUUCUAUAUCUUCUCUCAAAAGUGAGAACCUAGAUAACCUCAAUUUAGAGCACUUACAUUUUACACCUGAAGCUAACGAAGUAUUUAGUCCUAUCACCUUUUUAUGGCUUCUUCCUUUACGGUUCAAAGAAAGGUGUGUCAUAAACAACUAUUUUGGAAUUGGACUGGAUGCUAAAAUUUCUCUGGAAUUCAACACCAGAAGAGAUGAACACCCAGGACAGUACAAUAGCCGCCUGAAGAACAAAAUGUGGUAUGGUCUUCUGGGAAGCAAGGAACUUUUGCAGCGCUCUUACAGAAAACUGGAAGAACGAGUACACCUGGAGUGUGAUGGAGAAACCAUCUCCUUGCCAAACCUGCAAGGCAUUGUAGUGCUCAGCAUUACCAGCUAUGCUGGAGGUGUCAACUUUUGGGGAAGCAGCAUGGCAACUACAGAAUAUGAGGCUAGCAUAGAUGAUAGAAAGCUGGAAGUAGUGGCAAUCUUUGGUUCCAUACAGAUGGCAAUGUCCUGUAUCUUCAACCUGCAUCAUCAUCGCAUUGCCCAGUGCCAUGAGGUGAUAAUUAUUGAUGGUGAAGAAGGUAUCCCAGUGCAAGUGGAUGGGGAGGCCUGGGUUCAGAGGCCAGGCCUUAUCAAGAUUAGAUACAAGAAUGCUUCCCAGAUGCUGACAAGAGAUCGGAACUUUGAGCACUCAAUGAAAAUGUGGGAAUGCAAGCAUACUGUAAUUAAAGCUUUCUCUCAACCCCAGCUGGACUCCCAGGACUCUCAAGAUAGCCUGUCUGAUGAGGAGUAUGCUCAGAUGAAGCACUUAGUCCAGCUUGCAGAAAACCUCAUCAGCAGACUUACUGACCUGAGCAAGGUCCAUCAGCAUGUGUCUGUCCUCAUGGAUUCUAUGAAUGCCAGUGCUAACAUCCUGAAUGAUAUAUUUUACAUUCAAGAUAGUGGCAAUGAGGCAGCUGCAUCUUCCUGUACUCCCAUUGAGGCUCUAAGCAGAAAUGAUCCAGUAGAUGUUACAUUUAGUCUGAAAGGGCUCUACAAUGACACCAAAGCUUUCCUGGAUGAGAACUUGCUGAAAGAUGCUGAAGAUGAGGCCACACUACAAACUUUACUGAAUGUCAUGAAUAAGGAGUUUGAAAAGCUGUCUGAGAGAAACUGGAUGAAUUCAGUCCUUGUUCCAGAGGAGAAAUCAUACGAUACUGACAAGAGAAGCUUCAGAUUGAAAGUUAAGUUCCUCAAAUUGGGGAAGAAGAAGCUAGAAGAGGAAGACAAGCCUGAAUCAGGCCAAAGAAUCCAGGGUUUCAUUGGUAAGCUUCCCUAA